AUGAUGGAAUCAAUGGAAUAUCCAGAUGCAGAUACGAUACGCAUUCUACUAACUACAGAUAAUCAUGUCGGUUACAAUGAAAAUGAUCCAAUUACAGGUGAUGAUUCUUGGAAAACUUUCCAUGAGAUAAUGAUGAUUGCAAAGAACAAUAACGUAGAUAUGAUAUUACAAUCAGGUGAUUUAUUCCAUGUCAAUAAACCUUCAAAGAAAUCUAUGUAUCAAGUGAUGAAAUCUCUUCGAUUAGCCUGUAUGGGUGAUAAACCAUGUGAACUAGAGCUUCUUAGUGAUCCAUCGCAAGUGUUUCAUUACAAUGAAUUUACAAAUGUGAACUACGAAGAUCCAAACUUUAAUAUAUCAAUACCGUUGUUUGGUAUAUCGGGUAAUCAUGAUGAUGCGACAGGUGACUCUCUAUUAUGUCCUAUGGAUUUACUUCACGUCAGUGGAUUGAUUAAUCAUUACGGGAAAGUAUUGGAGGCAGAUAAAAUUCAAGUUAUGCCACUUCUUUUCCAAAAGGGUAAUACAAAGUUGGCCUUGUACGGGCUUCAAUCAGUGAGAGAUGAGAGGCUAUUUAGAACUUUUAAAGAAGGUGGUGUUACCUUUGAGGUUCCUACAAUGCGUGAAGGUGAAUGGUUUAAUAUGAUGUGUGUACACCAAAAUCACACAGGUCAUACUAAUACAGCAUUUUUACCGGAGCAAUUCUUACCUGAUUUUCUAGAUUUGGUCAUAUGGGGCCACGAACAUGAAUGUAUUCCUAAUUUAGUGCGUAAUCCAACCAAAAAUUUCGAUGUGUUACAACCUGGUUCCUCUGUGGCUACCUCAUUAUGUGAUGCAGAAGCACAGCCGAAGUAUGUUUUUAUCUUAGAGAUACGAUUCGACUCACCACCUAAACUAAUUCCAAUUCCUCUAACAACUGUAAGAACGUUCAUAAUGAAGACAAUUUCCUUAAAAGAUGUAGAAAUUUUGAAACCGCAUGAUUCUGACGCCAUUUCUAAUUACUUAGUUGGUCAAGUGAAUGAAAUGAUUAAUGAGGCCAAUGAAAAGACCAAAGAAAAGCUUGGGAAUGAUUAUGAUGAAACUGAUCCCGAUAUAAUAUCUCAAUUACCUGCACCUUUGAUUAGAUUAAGAGUAGAUUAUAGUGCUCCUGAAAAUGGGCAAUCAUUACUAGAUUUUCAGGUUGAGAAUCCACGUCGUUUCUCUAAUAGGUUUGUAGGGCGUGUGGCCAAUACAAAUAAUGUGGUUCAAUUCUUCAAGAAGAAAAGGGCAACUGCAGGGACUAAGGCAAAGCAAGAACCAUUUAGUGGUUAUAAUAAGAAAGAUCUUGAAAAUUUAAUGAAUGAAGGUGGUGGGGAGUUGGAAAUUCAAACUCUCGUGAAUGAUAUGUUAAAUAAAAUGUCACUUUCCCUUCUGCCUGAAUUAGGUAUGAACGAAGCUGUCAAGAAAUUUGUUGAUAAGGAUGAAAAGACUGCUUUGAAAGAAUUUAUUGACCACGAAAUUGAUAAUGAAGUCAAUAUUCUUGUUUCCAAUAAAGACUUUUUACGAUCAGAAAAUCCAGAAGAAAUGAAAGGAUUAAUUAAACAGGUCAAGAGAGCAAACUCGGUAAGAGCAUCUUCCCCACAUGAUCUCCCAGAAGUAUCGGACGUAAUAAAGAAUACACCUAGAAAUAGUAUGAGUAAAAAUGAUGUUGUGAUGUCCGAUGUUGACGAUGGUGAUGAUAAUCUGAUACAGGCAAAGAAAACCCCUCUAAGGUCUUCAAGAAAGGUCACGAAGAGGAUCCCAUCAAAGAAGCCCAUAUCAGAUUCCAUAGUAAUAUCGGAUGAGGAUGAUGCUGCUAAUGAAUCAGUUCCAGAGGCUGAAAAUUUGGAUGAUGAGGACAUAAUAGCACUAAGUUCUACCGAAGAGGAUUACACUAGUCCACGUGUGUCCAAAAAAGCGCCUCCAAGCAGAAAGAAGAAGACAGCUGGAUCACGAUCCAAAACGACUAAGACACCCAAGACCGAUAUCCUUGGUAGUUUGUUGGCACGUAAGAGAAAAUGA